GCUUUUUUGGGGGAAAUUUGAGAUUGUUAAUGCCCAAUUUUCAACCAGUUUCCGUGAACUUCUCUGAAAACAACAUAAAUUUGACUUUUUCUGCCUUUCGCUGUCAUCUGCAUCAGGUGUCAUUUGAGCAGUUAUUUGAGUAGAUAACCCUUACGAGAUAUUCAUAAAGAAAUAUAAAUCAUAUUCACACACAAAAUCUCAGAGGUUUUCACUACUGGUGAAGGAAAAAAAAAAAGGAAGAGAAAAUUGUAACAAGGUGUUGUGUUUAUGACGGGAAGAAAUAUAGAAAUAUGAAGUUUUGCAAGAAAUAUGAAAAGUACAUGCAAGGGCAGGGCCAUAAGAAACUGCCUGGGGUUGGUUUAAAAAAACUCAAGAAAAUCUUGAAAAGAUGCAGGAAACAGGUUCAUUCUCAUGGUGAUGGGAUUCUUCAUGACACCUCCGGCUCCACUUGCCCACGGCAUUGCCCAGUCUGCGAUGGAACCUUUUUCCCUUCACUUUGUAAGGAAAUGUCUGAUGUGGUUGGGUUCUUCAACAAACAUGCCCAGAGAUUGCUUGAGGUGCACCUGGCAUCAGGUUUCCACAAGUGUUUUAUCUGGUUGAAAGGUAAGUCACAUGGGAGUCACGCAGCACUGAUUCAAGAAGGCCGGGACCUGGUAACAUAUGCUCUAAUCAACGCCAUUGCUAUGCGUAAAAUACUGAAGAAAUAUGAUAAGAUUCACUAUUCUAAGCAAGGUCAAGCAUUCAAGUCUCAAGCUCAAAGUAAGCAUAUUGAGAUCCUUCAAUCUCCAUGGCUGUGCGAGCUUAUGGCUUUUCACAUAAACUUGAGAGACACUAAUUCGAAAAUGAAAAAGGCUCCUGCCCUUUUUGAAGGGUGUUCUCUCAUAUUGAAUGAUGGAAAACCAUCUCUCUCUUGUGAGCUCUUUGAUUCAUUCAAGCUUGACAUUGACUUGACUUGUUCUAUAUGCUUGGAUCCAGUAUUUGAUCCGGUAUCUCUUACUUGUGGUCAUAUCUUCUGCUGCAUGUGUGCAUGCAAAGCUGCGUCCGUGACCAUAGUGGAUGGGUUGAAGGCAGCAAAUCCCAAGGAAAAAUGUCCCAUAUGUCGAGAGGCAGGGGUAUAUGAAGGUGCUGUACACUUAGAGGAGCUACACAUUCUAUUGAACCGAAGCUGCCCUGAGUAUUGGAAGGAACGUCGUAAAACUGAAAAAACGGAGAGAAUUCAGGAGGUGAAGGAGCAUUGGGAGUCACAGUGCCGGCUAUUUAUGGGUAUUUGAGCAGAAAAUGCUGUUUCUUAUUUUCUUUUCUUUUUUUUCCCUAUUGAUCUGUGAGUGUAUACUCUAGUGAUUGUUAAAAGGGUUAUGCUACACGUAAAUUAGAGUGUUCAUAACGGUGUCCACGCCCUUCACAUGGAAGGGGACCCACUUCGAAUGAAAUAUAAUUUAUCUAAAGUGGGUCUCUCUCUAUGUAUGGAGCGUGAACACUGUUAUAGACACCGCAUUAUGUACAAGUAAUAUAUCCCUUGUUAAAAUGGUGUUUUCUCAUGGAGUUCUUUGGAUCAUAACUUGUUAUAGCUUGAAAACUAUUUAUCAAGGUUUCUUUAGACCAUACAAAAGCUUUAUUAAUCUUUUCUUA